GGCUGGCGGCAGCACUCACUCACGGACCAUACACACGCAGCCUUUGUUCCGAGUUUCCGUUCGUCAAUCUCUACAGGAUCCUCAUCGUCAAUAUCAUUCGCCUCUCCCUGAUCCCGUGCCUUGCCUCCCGCCUCCAGAACCAACAACCACGUUCCAAACACCGUCAUCCUCUCACGCCUACCAAACAGCCUUACGCCACCAACGGUCUGGUGUCAUCACUUGGGGGCAGACUCGUCCAAGUAGUGAAGCGCUGACAAGAGACGGGCGAAACGUAUGGACACCUCAAAAGAGCGCAGGAAUCCAAAGCGAGAGUGAAACAAUUCCCUUCCCUCCGACUCCAUCUCGUUAGAAACCCACACAGACCGACAACCUCGUCCAAUCCUACCCACAACCAAUCCUGAACAAUCCGACAAGUCAAGACCUCCGUUAAUGCCGAUCACACCCCUCCCCGGGGUUUCCAGUGAACGACGUAACCUGUCUGUCGCACAGGCGAGAGCAGAAGUACCCACCGUUUUCCACCCUCUCAGUGCCUGCGCCAACUGCUGGCCGAAGAGGAACGCUGACCCUGCCACCGCCGCUUGGUUACCAUUCUUGGGAGUCGCCUCAAGCAAACUCAAACCUGCGCACUGCUAAUCCUACUUGCUUCGGGCAGAUCAUCAUAACCCAAGAGAAAUCAGUCCACCCACUUUCUCCCGACCCUUCAAAGCCGUGCGAAGCUUGAUACUCUGAGCCUGCUCACUGGGACUCCCUACUCAUACUCCUCCGCCAAGCGGCUACCUUGGACUCGGAUACUUCUUCUCACGCACCCUACACUCCUCCCUCACUCCUCAGCCAUACACUUACCGCCUGCCUGGCCCAUACCAGUUCGACGGGGUCUGCCUCGUUGAAUGUCUGGACAGCUCCCUUAACGGCUUAGGCCAGUGCGCUUCAGCCAGCCUUUGCGUAAGAGCAGGCCAAUGCGUUGUUCGGCAACUCCAGAACAUCGGUCGACCAGAGUUUUGAACACAAGCAGGACGACUAAAGAGAUCAUCACUAUUGCCGACACCAAAUGCACAGCUCUUCAUCAUCGUCCACGGCUACGGCUCCCUACCCACGGCCUACCUCUAUGAAUGCGUCGGAAUUUGCAAGCGUACCAGUUCGGCUCUCUAUAUCCCCAUCAAUAUCAAGCGGCUCAUCUUCCGCUUCCGACUCAGAUUCAGCUGAUCAUCCAACUUCGCCACGUUCUGGUUCGAGACGCACACGAAUGGAAAGGCCGCGCCUGGGUGAUAGGCAACGGUCGAACACGAUUAUUGUCCCCAAAGGCCGAGACGUUGUCCAGAGAGAAAAGCCACAAUAUCCUCCAACGGACGCUCGAGCAAUGAGUCCCCGGAGGAACAGUCACGACAUUGAGAGACUGGAGCGUGAUGUUCGUCAAAGCUUAAAGGAGCAAGCUCGAAAUCUCCAGUCUUCACUUGCUGCUCUGGCCGAAAAAAUUGACGAGGUCAAGAACGAUCAUGACAAACUCGAAAAUGAGAAUCGCUUCCUGCAGGAUUAUAUCGGCGGGCUCACCAGAACCAUGUCGAAAGAUAACUUAGGCAGAAGUGCCAGUACCAGGAAAGGCAAACGAUGAACGACUUACGACUCCCGCAUUAUCUUACUUUCGUGACCUGCACACCAUGUGUCGGCACUAUGUUACAGCAUUGCGGACUGGAUCAAGAAAUAAUACGCCUAUGGUUUUAACCUCACACACACGCUCGAGGGACCUUAGGAUAGGGAGUUUUAUGUCAUUCGCUCGACUACUUUUUAUGAUACCCACGCCUUGGACACUGGCUAUGCACAGAAAGCAUCUUUACUAGACACUAUGCCUUAGCAUCAUCGCCAUCAUCGACUUUAUCGACGCAUCAUCAAGCAUCGGUUGGUCUUUCCGACUAUUCAUUGUACAUGUUUGCUCUCAUCAGGCUUACUGGCAUGGCCGGAGUCCGUCUAUCUUGCAGAAUGAUCGUUGAUGAUGCAUUCUUGUACAAUUAUAGGGCCGGCUUAACGGAGUUCAUGGGCGUUGGUUGGAGCAAGACUACCGAUUACUCGUGUGUCUUUGGGGGCACUCUCAGUAAUGGCGGGAAAGUGGCUGGCUGGUUCAGCUACGCCUACCACGGCAUCUAGCUAAAGCAAGAGCUAGUCAGCUAUACAGAAGAUAGAAAGCGUGAGAGACACAUUGUUGUGUUGUCAUGGUCGGCUCCAGUGCCAGUGACCGACAUGCACCGCAGUGCGCCUGUGUUUGCAAUGAGAGGUGCAGUUUCCAAGUUC